UUUCAUCACCUUCUUCUCUCUUUCUCUCUCAUCAUUUUCUCUCUCAUCAGAGAGCACAUCACGGAUCAGAAUGACAUAAUUAAGACUCUUCCUUUUCUUCGUCUUCUCCCUUCUUUAGCAAUAACUAACCCCUUCGAUCUUCGUGCUUCGUACAAUUUUUUCAUCUUAAUUUUGGACAUUCUUCCCCAAUUUUAUCUUUAAUUAUGCAAUUGAUCCAACCCCUUUUGCAAUUUUUCUCUUUUGAUUCUUCUUCCUUUUUUCUUGAUCACUUUAAAAUUCAUAUGGGUUUUGUUUGAUUUGAUUUGGGUUUCUUGGGGUUUUCACCCUUACCGUCGGCAAUGGCUACUUCUCCGGCGAAGUUUUUGUUCAGAUUUUUGUUCGUUUCCAUUAUUUUAUGGGUUAUUUUUAUAUUUGUGGCGAGGUUGGUAGCUUGGGCCUUGAGUCGUGUUGUGGGAGCAUCUGUUGGAUUUCGAGUGGGCGGAUGGAAAUGUUUAAGAGAUGUGGUGGUAAAAUUUAAAAAGGGUCCUAUUGAAUCAGUCUCCAUUGGUGAAAUCAGACUUAGUUUACGUCAGUCCUUGGUCAAACUUGGGGUUGGUUUUUUAUCAAGGGAUCCAAAGCUGCAAGUUUUGAUAUGUGACUUAGAAGUUGUGACGAGGACAACUAAGUCAAACAAAGGGACAACUAAGGGUACACAGAAGGCUAAGACCCGUAAACCCCGCUCUGCAGGCAGGGGAAAAUGGAUGGUUAUAGCUAACAUUGCCAGAUUCCUCUCAGUCUCCGUGACAGAUUUGUCAUUAAAGACACCCAAGGCAACCUUAGAAGUUAAGGAUCUGAGAGUGGAUAUAUCUAAAAAUGGCAAUACCAAACCAAGUCUCUUCAUUAAAUUGCUCCUUUCACCUAUAAUUGCUCAAGUGGGAGAACCACGGAUCAGUAAUGAUGAUACAUCAAGCCAGGUUGAUGAGGGAUAUAUGGUAGCAAGUCAAUCAUCGAUUCCAUUGGUGGAGCAACCUUUUUCUUCCUUUAACUGUGAGGAGCUCUCUCUUUCAUGUGAAUUUGGUCACAACAGAGAAUUUGGGAUAGUUGUGAAGGAUGUGGAUGUUUCAUGUGGUGAAAUAGUAAUGAAUCUUAACGAGGAACUGCUUCAGAAACGUAAAACUUCUUCUGCUGUCACUUCCGACCCAACCACUGAAUCAAUCAGUGAUAACAGGGCUGUCAAGAGCCCACCCCAGAAAGAAGCACUGUCGUCAAUGAGCAAACUCUCAACUUUGUUUCCUGAAAAGGUAUCCUUCAAUCUGCCUAAAUUGGGCGUGAGAUUUGAGCAUCAAGGACAAGGUCUUUCAGUGGAGAAUCAUAUCAAAGGUAUCCAAAUGAAAAGCGUCAAAUCAAGGUCUGUUGAAGAUGGCGGGGAGUGUACACGCCUCGACAUUCAACUAGAUUUCAGUGAGAUUCAUCUUUUGAGAGAUAGUGGUACAUCUAUUUUGGAAAUACUGCGGGUUAAUAUUGGUUCUUCUGUGUAUAUUCCCCUACAGUCAGCUUCAGCUGUCAGGGCUGAGAUUGACGUAAAGUUAGGGGGUACUCAGUGCAACAUGAUCUUGAGUCGAUUGGAACCAUGGAUCCGCCUGCACUUUGCCAAGAAGAAAAAGAUGGUGCUUAAAGAAGAAGGUGUGUCAGUUGAUAAACCGAAGUCCAAAGAAUCCAAGGCCAUUAUGUGGACUUGUACAGUUUCAGCUCCCGAGAUGACCGUCGUCCUUUAUAAUAUGAGUGGUUUACCUCUGUACCAUGGUUGCUCGCAAUCUUCACAUGUGUUUGCGAAUAAUAUUUCUAGCAAGGGGACAGCAAUACAUGCGGAAUUUGGCGAAUUAAAUCUGCAUUUGGCUGAUGAGUAUCAAGAAUGCUUGAAGGAGUGUCUAUUUGGUGUUGAAACUAAUUCAGGAUGUUUACUGCAUGUUGCAAAAGUUAGUCUAGACUGGGGCAAAAAGGAUGUCGAUAAGCUUCCAGAAGGCGGUCCUAAGACUAUAUCAGCUCUUACUGUUGAUGUGACUGGUGUGGGUAUUUACUUCACCAUGAGACGGGUGGAAUCACUUAUAGUAACUGCUCUGUCCUUGUCAGCUCUUUUCAAAAAAUUGUCAGGUGCUGGAAAGAAAAAUCAAGUUCGGGGAAAACAUUCAUCAAAAUCAUCGGGAAAAGGGACCCGACUUUUAAUGCUUACUCUGGAACGGUGUUCUGUAAAUUUUUGUGCUAAUGUUGGCUUGGAAAACACAAUUAUUGAAGAUCCAAAACGUGCAAAUUAUGGAUCACAAGGAGGUCGGUUUGUGGUCACUGUUUCAGAUGAUGGUACCAAAAGAACUGCAAAUAUUUUUUCGACAGUUUCAGACAAAUGCAAGAAGUUAAAGUACUCUGUAUCACUUGAGAUCUUACAUCUGAGUGUGUGUUUAAACAAGGACAAACAGUCUGCUCAGAUGGAACUUGAAAGAGCUAGGUCAAUCUACCAGGAGCAUCCAGAUGAUCGUAUUCUCGGGUCAAAAGUAUUAUUGCUUGAUAUGCAAAAUGCAAAAUUUGUACGUCGUACUGGGGGUCUUAAAGAGAUAGUUGUUUGCUCUCUUUUCAGUGCUACUGACAUUGCAGUUCGAUGGGAGCCAGAUGUGCAUAUAUCACUUUUUGAGCUUAUGUUACACUUGAAAUUACUAGUACAUAACCAAAAACUUAAAGAAGCCGUUGACGAUAACUCAGAAGGCCCCCCUAAUAUGACCCAACCUGAACUAGGGAAGGAAGUUCUUGCAGAAUCUGGGAAUGAAGAAAAACAACAUAAGAAAAAGGAAUCUGUCUUUGCUGUUGAUGUUGAAAUGCUCAGUAUAUCAGCUGAGGCCGGAGAUGGUGUUGAAGCAAUGGUUAAAGUUCAGUCAAUAUUUUCUGAGAAUGCUCGCAUUGGAGUGCUCCUUGAGGGGCUAAUGUUCAGUUUUAAUGAUUGUAGAAUCUUCAGAAGUAGUCGGAUGCAGAUUUCUCGCAUUCCGAAGACUUCAAAUGGCCCUGAUGCAACCCUAAUCACAACUUGGGACUGGGUGAUUCAAGGCCUUGAUGUACACAUUUGUUUGCCAUAUAGGUUGGAGUUACGUGCCAUUGAUGAUUCCGUUGAGGAUCAGUUGCGGGCGUUGAAGCUUAUAAUGGCUGCAAAAAAGAAACUCAUUUUUCCGUUUAAGAAAGAGAGUUCUAAAUCCAAAAAAUCCGGUUCUUCAAAAUUUGGAAGUGUCAAAUUUUGCAUUCGCAAGUUGACAGCUGAUAUUGAAGAGGAGCCAAUGCAGGGCUGGCUUGAUGAGCAUUACCAGCUCCUGAAGAAUGAGGCCCGCGAAUUAGCCGUUCGAUUAAAUUUUUUAGACGACCUUGUCUCCGGUGGUGAGCAUUGCACUUCUGCUGCUGAUACUGGUGAUUCCACUUCAGUUAAAAAGUUAAACUACAAUGGAGCUGAUUUAGAUUUGCAAGAUCCUUGUGCUAUACACAAGUUAGAGGAAGAAAUUUAUAAGCAGUCAUUCCAAUCAUAUUACAAGGCAUGUCAAAAACUUGUGGCCUCUGAGGGCUCUGGAGCCUGUAGGGAAGGCUUUCAAGCUGGUUUUAAGCCCAGCAGGUCUAGAACUUCUCUUCUUUCCAUUAUUGCCACAGACUUGGAUCUUACCUUGGUAAAUAUUGAAGGCGGUGAAGCCGGAAUGAUAGAAGUUGUCAAGAAACUUGAUCCUGUUGCGAAAGAGAAGGAUAUACCAUUUUCCAGACUAUAUGGAAGCAAUUUAUUCUUACGGACUGGCACUCUUGUUGUUCAGAUUAGAAAUUAUACAUUUCCUAUCUUUGCAGCAACUUCUGGUAACUGUGAAGGUUGCUUGGUACUAGCGCAGCAGGCAACUCCUUUCCAGCCCCAGAUGCGCCAAGAUGUGUAUGUUGGGAAAUGGAGAAAAGUUGACUUACUUCGUUCUGCAAGUGGAACGACUCCGCCAAUGAAAACAUAUUUAGAUCUUCCCCUUCACUUUCAGAAUGGGGAAGUUUCAUUUGGAGUAGGUCAUGAGCCUGUCUUUACUGAUAUAAGCUAUGCCUUCACAGUGGCCCUGCGCAGGGCUAAUUUGAGCAUCAGGAAUCCUAAUCCUCCCCCCCCACCCAUUAAAAAAGAAAAAAGCUUGCCUUGGUGGGAUGAAGUGAGAAACUAUAUGCAUGGACAUGUGUCUCUAUUUUUUUCUGAAUCCCGUUGGAUUGCCCUUGCAACUACUGACCCUUACGAAAAGUUUGACAAGCUCCAAAUUCAGACAGGUUACAUGGAGAUCCAUCAGUCAGAUGGACGUAUUUAUACUUCUGCUAAGGACUUUAAGAUUUUGACCAGCAGCCUGGAGAAUUUGGCAAAAAGUCGUGGCUUGAAACUUCCUGCUGGUGUAGCUGUGCCUGUUAUUGAAACCCCAACUUUUACUUUGGAAGUUACCAUGGAUUGGGAGUGUGAUUCUGGAACUCCACUUAAUCAUUAUCUUUUUGCACUCCCUAAUGAAGGAAAACUCCGUGAGAGAGUUUUUGAUCCAUUUAGAUCUACCUCUCUGUCUCUGCGGUGGAAUUUCUCUUUAAGACCGCAUCCUUCUGAGAAAUCAUCACAAUCAGCUGGCAUUGACAAUGGUCUGACCCCAGGUGGUUCUGCCAGUGCCUCAGUACAUGACACGGAAGGUGGUUAUCCAAUCUUAAAACUUGGUGCUCAUGAUCUGGCAUGGAUUGUUAAGUUCUGGAAUUUGAAUUACCUUCCUCCGUACAAACUGCGUACCUUUUCUAGGUGGCCUCGUUUUGGUGUGCCAAGAGUUCCAAGGUCUGGAAAUCUAUCACUAGAUAGGGUGAUGACUGAGUUUAUGCUCCGAGUAGAUGCUACGCCCACUUGUAUAAAGCACAUGCCAUUGGAUAGUGAUGAUCCUGCCAAGGGACUCACUUUUAAGAUGUCAAAGUUAAAAUUUGAAAUGUGUAAUAGUCGAGGGAAACAAAAGUAUACUUUUGAGAGUAAGCGUGAGCCUCUUGACCUUGUUUAUCAAGGUCUAGACUUGCAUGUGCCCAAGGUAUAUUUGGAUCGAGAAGAUUGUACUAGUGUUUCCAAAGUAGUUCAGAUGACCAGGAAAAACUCACAGUCUUCUUCAAUGGAUAAAGGAGUCAAUGAAAAAAGCAACAACACAGGUGCUGGUAUGGAAAGGCCUCGUGAUGAUGGUUUUCUGUUAUCAUCUGAUUACUUUACAAUUAGAAAACAAUCUCCAAAGGCAGAUCCUGUGAGGUUGCUGGCUUGGCAAGAAGCUGGAAGGAAAAAUCUUGAGAUGACAUAUGUGAGGUCAGAGUUUGAAAAUGGCAGUGACAGUGAUGAGCAUGCACGAUCUGACCCCAGCGAUGAUGAUGGUUAUAAUGUGGUAAUAGCUGACAAUUGUCAGCGGGUCUUUGUCUAUGGCCUUAAGCUUCUUUGGAAUAUUGAGAAUCGAGAUGCUGUUUGGUCUUGGGUUGGUGGAUUAUCUAAAGCAUUUGCUCCUCCCAAAUCUUCUCCAUCUCGGCAAUAUGCUCAGAGAAAACUUCUUGAAGAGAAGCAAAGGAUUGCUGAGAUGGAAAAGAAAAACGAUGACACCGAGAAGCCCUCUGCUGGCGGUGGUGGAAACCCUUCCUUGUUAAAGCAAGAAAAUUCAGCAUCAGUUUCCUCACCAUCUCAUUCUGCCAAAACAGAAAGUAUUUCUGCUAUUUCAAUCGCAAAUAGUGUAAAUAUAACCGACUCAGAAGAGGAGGGGACUCGCCACUUUAUGGUCAAUGUUAUUGAGCCACAAUUCAAUCUUCAUUCAGAAGAAGCCAAUGGUAGAUUUCUGCUUGCUGCUGUAAGUGGUCGUGUCUUAGCACGUUCAUUCCAUUCUGUCCUUCAAGUUGGAUAUGAGUUAAUUGAACAAGCACUUGGUUCAGAAAGCUCAAAAAUCCCUGAAUCUGCACCUGAAAUGACUUGGAAACGUAUGGAGUUAUCUGCAAUGUUGGAGCAUGUACAAGCUCAUGUUGCCCCAACAGAUGUUGAUCCAGGGGCAGGGCUUCAGUGGCUUCCAAAAAUCCGCAGAAGCUCUCCUAAAGUGAAACGUACUGGUGCUUUAUUGGAAAGAGUAUUUAUGCCAUGUGACAUGUAUUUCCGUUAUACUAGGCAUAAAGGUGGGACUCCUGAAUUGAAGGUGAAGCCCCUGAAAGAGCUGAUUUUCAAUUCACAUAACAUUAAGGCAACAAUGACUUCUCGGCAGUUUCAAGUCAUGUUAGACGUGCUAACCAAUCUUCUCUUCGCAAGACCUCCCAAACCUAGGAAAAGUAGUCUAACUUAUCCUUCAGAAGACGACGAUGAUGUUGAAGAAGAGGCAGAUGAAGUGGUCCCUGAUGGAGUUGAAGAAGUAGAACUUGCUAGAAUCAAGCUGGAACAUAAAGAGCGCGAGCAAAAGAUGCUUCUCGAUGAUAUCAUGAAAUUAUCACUUGGUAAUGAUGCUUCUGUAGACCAAAUUCCUGAGAAAGAAGGCGAGUUGUGGAUGAUAUCUGGUGGAAGAUCCACAUUGGUUCAAAGGCUGAAGAAUGAGCUUGGGAAUGUGCGUAAGCUAAGAAAAGAGGCAUCAGCAUCAUUAAGGAUUACCUUGCAUAAAGCUGCUGAAUUAAGAUUGAUGGAAAAAGAGAAGAAUAAAAGUCCCUCUUAUGCCAUGCGCAUCUCUGUGCAAAUUAACAAAGUAGUUUGGAGCAUGCUUGUCGACGGUAAAGAGUUUGCUGAAGCUGAGAUUAACGAAAUGAUUUAUGACUUUGACAGGGACUACAAAGAUGUUGGUGUGGCUAGAUUUACGACAAAGUAUCUGGUUGUGAGAAACUGCUUGCCAAAUGCAAAAUCUGACAUGCUUUUAUCAGCUUGGAAUCCUCCUCCUGAGUGGGGAAGAAAAGUUAUGCUUCGAGUAGAUGCUAAACAAGGGCCUCCCAAGGAUGGAAACUCUUCACUUGAACUUUUCCAGGUAGAGAUUUAUCCCCUAAAAAUCCAUUUGACAGAGACAAUGUACAGAAUGAUGUGGGAGUAUCUUUUUCCUGAAGAAGAGCAAGAUUCUCAGAGGCGGCAGGAGGUUUGGAAGGUUUCAACUACUGCUGGUUUAAAACGAGUGAAAAAGGGUUCUUUCCCACAGGAAGGUUCUGGAUCUAAGGACUCUGAAGGUUCCUCUAGGACAAGUGCCUCUGGAGUGCCCUCAACAUCUGGAAGCACUCAUACUGACACCUCCCUGGCAUCAAAACACAACAAAUCAAAUACUGGUACAGCGUCAGAGCUGCGGAGAACAUCUUCAUUUGACAAAACAUGGGAAGAAAAUAUUGCAGAAUCAAUUGCUGAUGAACUUGUAUUACAACUUCAUUCUUCAAGCACAUCUAACUCCAAAAGUGGGCCUCUGCCAUCAAGCGAACAACAAGAUGACUCUUCUAAAGGUAAAGCAAAAGACCCCAAACAGAUCAAAUUGGGUCGUGCAUCUCAUGAAGAAAAGAAGGUAGGGAAGUCUAAUGAUGAUAAAAGAUCAAGGCCUCGAAAAAUGAUGGAAUUUCACAAUAUCAAGAUAAGUCAGGUCGAGCUACUGGUCACUUAUGAGGGAUCAAGAUUUGCUGUGAGUGAUUUGAGAUUACUCAUGGACCAAUUUCACCGUGUUGAAUUUACCGGAACUUGGAGGAGACUCUUUUCAAGAGUAAAGAAACAUAUAAUUUGGGGAGUUUUGAAGUCAGUGACUGGAAUGCAGGGAAAAAAGUUCAAAGACAAAGCACAAAGCCACAGGGAGAUUACAGGACCUGGCAUCCCUGAUGAUCUUAACCUCAGUGACAGUGAUGGUGGUCAGGCUGGUAAAUCUGAGCAGUUCCCAGUGGCCUUUCCUAAGCUUCCUGUAGAUGGAGCAGGUGAUGGUUUUGUUACUUCUAUAAAGGGCCUAUUUAAUACUCAGCGUCGGAAAGCCAAAAAGUUUGUGCUACGCACCAUGAGGGGUGAUGCAGAUAAUGAAUAUAAUGGGGAAUGGAGUGAAAGUGAUGUGGAGUUCUCACCUUUUGCAAGGCAACUAACAAUAACAAAAGCUAAGAAGCUGAUUAGGCGACAUACUAAGAAAUUCCGCUCUAGAAAAGGUCCUAUUCAACAAAAAGAUUCACUUCCUUCAUCUCCAAAGGAAACCACAAUAUAUGAAAGUGAUUCUUCAAGUGAAUCCUCGCCUUAUGAAGAUUUUCGUGACUACGAAAAACAACCACAUUAAGGUUAGACAGAAACCUGUUAAAAGAGUCAGAUUGAAGAUACUUUUAUGAGAGUGAAAUUCUUUGAGAGCCUGAUUGAACAGCUUCUUCUGAUGCCACUAUUGAUUAUGUGGAAAAACUUCAGUGCAUUCAGAUUAACACAUGUAGCUGGGUCUAAUAUACGAUUUAGAUGAAUUCAUUGCCAGAAUGCCAGCUCGAGACACAUAUCUGGAGUAACUUGAAACUUUCUCUCCCUACACUGAGAGUGUCUCACAGAGCACUUAAAUAUGCUGUUCAACACUCUGGGUUCAGCAGCUUCCAAGCCAUGAAUGACACUGUGAUUUUGUAGGUACAUUUUUGAAGUCACCCGUUCUCCUGUAAAUUUUACAAAAAAGACUAAAUACUCGUCAAAUUGAGGAAAAGAGAGAUGAGAUUGUAUAGAAACAAAAUUUUGCUCCACCUUUUCCUUAGAUUUAUACUUGGUAUCUCCAGUUAAUUUUACUGGAAUUACUGCUAUAGUGCUAUGUAAAGUGAAUCAUUAAAGGGAAUAUGAUUUAGUUCUCAAUGAGUACAAUGUUAAAAGUGAAA